GCCGAGCGUCCUGGGACUUGGGAGCGGCCACGUUGGGGACAUGAUCCGGAAGGAACGGGUUGGGGAUGGGAUGCCCCGGAGCGUAGCUGGGAGCCUGUCACGACGAAGUCAUACGGAAGCGUCUCCUAAUUGAUGGGGACGGUGCUGGAGAUGAUCGGAGGAUUAAUCUCCUCGUGAAGAGCUUCAUUAAAUGGUGCAACUCUGGAUCCCAGGAAGAGGGAUACAGCCAGUACCAACGUAUGCUGAGCACACUGUCUCAGUGUGAGUUUUCAAUGGGUAAAACUUUGCUUGUAUAUGAUAUGAACCUAAGAGAAAUGGAAAAUUAUGAAAAAAUUUACAAGGAAAUAGAAUGUAGCAUUGCUGGAGCACAUGAAAAAAUUGCUGAGUGCAAGAAGCAAAUCCUUCAAGCAAAACGAAUACGAAAAAAUCGCCAAGAAUAUGACGCUUUGGCAAAAGUGAUCCAGCAUCAUCCAGACAGACAUGAGACACUCAAGGAGCUAGAGGCUCUAGGAAAAGAAUUAGAGCAUCUUUCUCAUAUUAAAGAAAGUGUUGAAGAUAAGCUGGAAUUGAGAAGAAAACAGUUUCAUGUUCUUCUUAGCACCAUCCAUGAACUUCAGCAGACACUGGAAAGCUCCGUUUCUUCUGAGCAGCCGACGACGACAAGCUGUCGGAGGGGGAAGAAGGCCAGGCCGCCAGCGUGGACACAGACCCGAAGCCAUAGCCAGGCCUGCGGCCUGCUCCUCCAGAGCCUGAGGUGGCCAGCUGCGCGCUUGGGGGGCUAGAAGUUGUUGUGCUCUAGAGGUUUUUAAGUUUGUCAUUGAAAUUCUUUGCUUUUAAAAAUAAUGCAUGUCUCAAUCAUAUUUUAUUUGCCUUGUUUUUUCCACUUUUGUUUUUUUGAAAUAGGCUUUCACUCCACCCCAGGCUGACCCGGAGCUCACUUUGUAGCCCAUGUUAACCUGGAAUUCACAGCGAUUCUCCUACCUCAGCCUCCUAAGGGCUGGGAUGAUAGUUGUAAGCUAUCACACCUUUUCAUUGUUUGUUUUUGUUUGGGGGGCAGUUUUGGGUUUUGUAUUUCUUCACACAAAGGAACAUGUGGUCAUUUUAUAUUUCUUUUUAUUGAACUGCAUUUUUUUUUCAAGGCAGAUUUCACUCCAGCCAGCCUAAGUUGACCUGGAGUUCACUAUGUAGUCUCAGGGUGGCCUCAAACUCAUGGCGAUCCUCCUGCCUCUGCCUCCUGAGGGCUGGGAUUAAAGGCGUGUGCCACCAUACCGGGCUCUGAACUUCAGUUUUUAUUCUUACACAUUAGAAAAGAACAUCCAAAAUGGUUUAAUAAAAUGUGUCUAGCUGGA